AUGUUGGAUAAGUUUCCACUCCUGUGGCUGAUCAGUCUAUUGGCAGUGCUGGAAUACUGCUGUGCAGUUGCUGACCCGAAGGACUGUGAGGCAGCAGGCAGCAAAUGCCACCCCCAGGCCGAGUGUCUGAAGGUCAAAAACAAUUUCACCUGUGUGUGCCGUAUGGGCUAUCAGGGUGAUGGUCUUCUGUGCAACGACAUCAAUGAAUGUCUUAGUGGCCUACACAGCUGUCACCCAAAGGCUCGCUGCAACAACACCCUGGGCAGCUACAGCUGUGUCUGUCUCAAUGGAUACAUUGGAGAUGGCACUAACUGCAAGGAUAUCGAUGAGUGUCAAAAAGAAAACGGGGGUUGCCACUCCAGCGCUGUCUGUACUAACUCUGAGGGUGGGCGACAGUGCCAGUGUAAAGUCGGUUUUACAGGCAAUGGCUUCCAAUGCACUGAUAUUAACGAAUGCGCUAACCAAAGGAUUUGCCACUGGAAUGCCACCUGCACCAACAACCCUGGAUCCUAUGUGUGUACCUGUAAUGCCGGCUAUAAGGGAAAUGGAAACUACCUGUGUCUGGAUAUAGAUGAAUGUUCAGAGACUCCACAUGUGUGUUCUUCCUCACUUGGCUACAAAGGCUGUAAAAAUCUGCCUGGCACUUAUCGCUGCACGUGCAGCAGUGGCUUUGAAAGCAACGGGCAGAGCUGUGUGGAUAUUGACGAAUGUGCAAGCAAUAUCUGCAGUCUAUACGCAGACUGCGUAAACACAAUGGGGUCAUACCGGUGUACCUGCAACAAGGGAUUUGUAGGAAAUGGACUGACAUGUGCAGACAUAAAUGAAUGCGAGGAAGACAGUCAAUGUGACCCCAAUGCUGCUUGUAUCAACAGGCUGGGGAGUUAUGAGUGCUCCUGUCUUGGGGGGUUUGUAGGAGAUGGACGACUGUGCGAGGAUAUCGAUGAGUGUGCAACACCUGACAUCUGCCCUCGUACCACUACCUGUGUCAACACUGGUGGGUCAUAUUACUGCGACUGUGGCAGUGGCUUCAUCUUCAAUAAUUCCAAGUGCCAUGACCUGGAUGAGUGCGCAGCAGGCCUCUGUAGCCCCUAUGCCUCCUGCACAAAUUCACCUGGCUCUUUCUCAUGUCAGUGUGCAGCAGGUUACAGGGGAGACGGCUUCACCUGUGAAGAUGUGGAUGAAUGCUCACUGGCUAAGCAAUGCCACUCCAAUGCCCGUUGCACUAACCUUCCUGGUACCUACAACUGCACCUGUCAGGUGGGUUAUUCUGGAGAUGGAGUGAUCCAGUGCAAGGAUGUGGACGAGUGUCUGGUGGAUAAUGGAGGUUGCAGAAACAAGGCUACAUGUGUCAACAACGAAGGUUCCUUCUCUUGCCUGUGCCUUUCGGGCUUUGUCUUGGUUAACCAAACUUUUUGCCAGGAUAUAAAUGAGUGCAAGGAACUGACCAAUCCAUGUGGGGUGAAUGAAAAAUGCAAGAACAUCGACGGGUCAUAUGAAUGCCCCUGCCAUGUCGGUUACUACCGCCCUGCCACCAACAUGGACUGUGUUGAUAUGGACGAAUGUAAAGAUAACCCUUGCCACGUAAACGCCACAUGCCUCAACACAAUUGGGUCGCACACUUGCACCUGUAAGCGAGGUUUUGCAGCAAAUGGCACCCAGUGCGAGGAUAUAGAUGAGUGCUCUGCAGCGGGUGCAUGCCACCCACGGGCGCUAUGCACCAACCUUAUAGGGGACUUCCUCUGCUCCUGUCAGCAGGGUUUCAUAGGUGAUGGCUUUGCAUGUCAAGAUGUGGACGAGUGUGUCCUCUCUGAUACCAUUUGCCCGGCCUUCUCAAAGUGUAUCAACUCCCCUGGUGCGCAUGUCUGCUCGUGUUUGAAUGGUACAGUGGCCUUCAAUGACACCUGUGCACCACCCAGUCCACUGUGUGACCCUGCCUGCCACAUUCAUGGCUUGUGCCACUAUUCGUCUGCUGGAUACCAGUGUGUGUGUGACCUGGGUUUCGUGGGUGAUGGGCUGACUUGCUCUGAUGUGGAUGAGUGCCAGAGGGAAAACAUUUGUCCUGAUAAUGAAACUGAGUGCGUGAAUAAGCCAGGAUCAUUUUCCUGUGUCUGCAAACAAGGCUACACACUCAAUGGAACAAAGUGUGCCGAUGUGAAUGAGUGUGAGACAGGACUACAUGAGUGCAGUGAGUUUGCCCAGUGUGUCAACACAGUCGGCAGCCAUUCCUGCUUCUGUCUCAGCGGCUUCACAGGUGACGGGAAGAACUGCUCUGACUUUGAUGAGUGCCAAGUCCAAAAUGGAGGAUGUCAUCCCAUUGCCAGCUGCACUAACAUGCCUGGAUCUUUCAACUGUACCUGCCCACCCGGCACGGAGGGCAAUGGCUUUGACUGCCAGGAUGUAAACGAGUGCGAGCAGAACUCCACCCUGCCACACAACUGCAGUGCCCAGGCUUUGUGCCGCAACACAAAAGGAUCCUACAUCUGCCUGUGCCAGGAUGGAUACCAGGGUGACGGCUUUGUUUGCAAGGAUGUGGAUGAAUGUCAGCUGGCCACAGCCUGUAGCUUGAACAUGACAUGCAACAAUACGCCUGGUUCCUACACCUGUUCGUGUAUCCUGGACCAGGUGUAUGACAAGGGCACAUGUGUUAGUGAAGACACCUGCCUGAAUGCUAGAGGCGUCUGCCACCCUCUUGCUGAGUGCCACCCAUAUCAGGGUUCCUUCUACUGCAAGUGCGAAGAUGGUUAUCAAGGCAGUGGCACUGAAUGUUGGGAUGUGGACGAAUGUGACCAAUCACAAGUUCAAACCUGCCCUGCCUUCUCCUACUGCUUCAACACUAAUGGCUCCUACAUUUGUGAGUGCUGGGAAGGUUUUCUAGACAAUGGGACACAUUGUCAGGACAUGGAUGAAUGUAUGACGGAGAACUUCACCUGCCCUGACAACAGCACCUGUACUAAUGUAGAGGGGAGCUACAAAUGUACCUGCGAUCCAGGCUUCUCAGGCAAGGGCUCCCUGUGUUUGGAUGUAGAUGAGUGCUCCCUCAGCCUCAUCCAGUGCCCAAAUUCAUCCAAAUGCCUAAACACAGUGGGAUCUUUCUUCUGUGAAUGCUGGGAAGGUUACCAAGGCAACAAUACUGGCUGUGAGGAAAUCAAUGAGUGCCUUGACAACUCUACCUGCCCUGAGCACAGCACAUGCAUCAACACCAAUGGUAGCUACCUGUGUCUUUGUGACACUGGAUUCUCCAGCAUGGAUGACUUGUGUGUGGACAUCGACGAAUGCAGUGACACUGAGCUUGGGGAUCUUUGCACCAAUGGGACAUGUGUGAAUGCUAUCGGCUCUUAUUACUGCGAAUGCAUCAAAGGAUUCUGGAGUAAUGGAACAAAGUGUGUUGAUGUGGAUGAAUGCUCUGACUCCCUCAACUCUUCAGUGUGUCAGCCCCAUUCUACAUGCAUCAACAUCCCUGGGUCUUACCACUGCCCCUGUAAUGAGGGGUUUGUUCUCAAUGGCACGGAGUGUCAGGAUGUGGAUGAGUGUCAUGACCCAGAUGGUACCCCAUGCCCUGAGCACUCGUUAUGUAACAACACAGCGGGGUCUUUCUUCUGUCUGUGCUCUCCUGGGUACAAACCCAUUAGUUUGGGCUGUGAGGAUAUCGACGAAUGCAAAGACAACACCACCUGCCGCUUUGACCAGGUGUGCACCAACCUGCCUGGAGCGUACAACUGCUCUUGUCCACUGGGGUAUCACGAGGAGAAACAGGCAUGUGUUGACACCAAUGAAUGUGAGAAUUCACCAUGCCACCCCUUGGCACGAUGCUGGAACACCCCUGGCUCCUUUUCAUGCCACUGCCCUCUGGGCUUUGCUGGAAAUGGCUCUUGGUGCAAAGAUGUGGACGAGUGUGUCGCCCUGACCAAACCAUGCCACCCUCUUGCUCACUGCUACAACUCCCCGGGGUCAUUUGUAUGUGUGUGUAUGCCUGGCUUCAUGAGUAUUGGGCCACUGUGUGUAGAUUUUGAUGAGUGCCAACAGACUAAUGGACAGUGUCACUCUGCUGCCACCUGCUCCAACCAUGUAGGAGGUUUUAAAUGCUCCUGUAGUCGUGGCUGGAAUGCCACCAAAAACAACGGUCAUGGAAAAGGAGGAUGUGUGGACUUGGAUGAGUGCUUGUCACACAUAGCAUGUCCAGGGCAAACAUCCUGUACCAACCUGCCAGGGUCUUACACCUGUUCCUGUCCAAAAAACAGCACAGUGUGCAAAGGGAUUACUCAGACGGGAGCGAUAGCUCAGACGGAGAGCAACCUGUAUCCCUUUGGAGAAGAGGUUGGUGAUAAAGGAGUAAAGGUGGACACAGAAGAUGGAAACUCCCCAUACAUCACACCGCCAAUGGGUUUCCCCUUUAUGGGGAAACUGUAUGACAGGGUUUAUUUCUCUGAUGAUGGCCUUGUCCAGUUUCAAUCUGCUGCUGAGAAUGAGCAGUACCUGCUUCCAGCUCCUUUAUCCAGUGGGUUCCCCAACAACAUGAAUGUGACUCUGUUGGCGGUUUUCUGGGAUGAUGCUGACCUCACCCAGGGGGACGGACGGUUGCUCUAUCAGGAAUACCAUAAGCUGGAUAUGUCAGAUGUUUACUCCCAGAUAGUUUUUAAUCGUACAGCAGAUGAAGUGACAAAAUUUGAGGAGCGGAUAGGCAAGCCUGCUUUUACCCCUGCCUGGAUCCUCAAGAUCACCUGGGACCAUGUGAUGCCAGUCUCUUACCAGAAAAUCAAUUUCUCAGAGACUAACACUUUCCAGUGUAUCCUGACCACAGAUGGAGCACGCUCCUUUGCCCUCCUGCGAUACGGUGAGAUGCUCUGGGGUCCUGGCCAGAGGCAAUACCACGACGCUAUCAUCGGCUAUACAGAUGGAAAAAACUUCCACAAGGAGCCCACUGUUCCCCCAGGAAACCUAUUCGGCCCUGGGGGUAGAUACAGGCCCCAGGAGGUGAAAGGGACCUUGGGAAAGAUAGGCCAGCUGGUGUAUAAUUUAACAGGAUCAACAGAGUCAGACAUGGAUCCCAAAAUCAUGUGCCAGGCAUGGGCGAUGAAGGAGCCUGAUCCCACUGAGUGGACAAAGGGGCUGUCCUCAUGUCCCUGUACCCGCACUCAGGCUCUGGAGGACCUGUCCAUCUUGCAGGAUACCACUGAUCCAGGUUCAAGAGUGAAGAUGCUGAGGGGUCAGCGCUGGGGUGGUGUUGAGGGGCACACCUUCCAGUCAACUCUUGCAAACAAACAUGGUUCGGGGAAGAGAUGUGUGUACGAACCUGAGGGGCCUCUGCUGGCUGGGUACAAUGAACGCUACUUCUACGGACACAGCACACAAAAGCAUAUCGAUGAAGAUCUCCUGCCAUUUCAAUGGUGUUGCAUUGAGUCUCCUCUAUGCCACCUUUACCUCAACAAGAGGCCCCUGGACCGUUGCCAGGGUUACAGCUGGGCCGGUCCUGGCGGCUGCACCCCAGCCAAGAAGGCAACACAGGGUAUAGCAAUGGUGUAUGGAAGCCUCCAUUUCAUCACCUUCGAUGGGACGGAGUACUCCUUCAAGGCCCUGGGGGAGUUUGUGAUAGUGCGCCUAUCUUCCAACACAGGCUCUAAUAUCUUCACCCUGCAAGGGCAGACUGAAAAGCUAUACACAGACGCAAAGGGGAUCAUUGAGGUCCCAGUGGUGGUGCGUAUGGCUGCGUUCCACCAGGGCAUCGGCAAGAUUGAAUGGAGAUGUGCCGAGAAAAGAGAAGGACUGCGGGUUUUUGUGGAUGAUGUUGAGGUUCCAGUCACUAUUGGUGUCGUGCACAUGGGGGAGAGGGACUUUGCUGUACGCUGUAUGUCAGUGAAUCGCUGUGCAGCGGUGUAUGCCAGUGGUCUCCAUGUGGUGGCGUGGCGAGUUGUAGGCCACAGUCAGCUGGCAGCCAUGGUGGAGGUUCCUCAGACCUUCUACAACCGCACUGUGGGGCUAAUGGGUCUCUGGACUUCUAACCGCUCUAAUGAUUUCCUCAUGUCCGACGGCAGGCUCCUCCCCUCAACUGACCUCAACCCCCCUUCAGAGGAGAGUCUGCAUUACUUUGGGCUGUCCUGGGCAGUUCCAGUACCAGAGAGCCUGUUGUUCUCUCAACCUCCACUGGUUCCACUGGAGCCUAUCUCCUCUAAAGACCUGCUGGAAAGCAUCAGUCCUGCUGCGGCGGAAGACCUGAGGAGAACCUGCAAAGGCAGCAUGCAGUGUGUCCAUGACACCCUAGCGUCCGACAGCUCUGACCUGGGCCUGUCAACUCUGGAUGCCAAAAAGCAAUACCAAAAUCUGGCUCUAAUCUAUGGCAACAUGCCUCCCAUAGUGACAGAGCCCACAGUGAUCCAUGGUAAGGUAAACUCUACUGUCAACAUUCAGAUUGUUGCCCAGGACCCUAAUGGAGACCCUAUCACCUAUUCACUGCUCUACCCCAGACCUCCACGGGCUUCCAUUGGCAGCGGUGACGGUUACCUGACAUGGACGCCUCUCACUACUCAGCCUGUCCAGCUGACCAUCAAGGUCAGUGAUGAGCUCACCAGCUCCCUGUUCACCCCCAUCCUGCGUGUUUGCAACUGCCUCAACGGAGGAACCUGCCAGUAUGACAGCAUCACUGAAAAUCACCAGCAGGGAAAGUUCCAGGUGGUGGGGUGCCUGUGCCCAAAGGGGUUCAGCGGCAAGUUCUGUGGGAGCACUGCAGACGUAUGUCAAGGCAAGCCAUGUUUCCGAGGGGUGCAGUGCCAGUCCGAGUCACUGCCCAGCCAGUUCACCUGUGGAGAGUGCCCUGAUAAUACUGUCUCCAAGGGAAAACAGGGAUACAAGUGCUUUGAGCAUGACAUGUGCAUGCCUCCUUUCCCCUUCCCCUGCCACAAAGAUGCGAACUGCUACAGCACGAAACAAAACUACACCUGCAAAUGUAAGCCUGGAUUUAGCGGAGAUGGACGCAACUGCACAGAUAUAGACGAGUGUGCGAACAUCUCAACCUGUCCCAAUGCCAAGUUUGAGUGUAAGAACAAGCCAGGCUCUGUCGACUGCUCCUGUAGAUACCAGAACACCAAGGACACUGAUGGAUGUGGUGACUCUGCCAAUCCUCCAGGGUGUAAUGUGUUCAACGUCUCUGUUAGCUGGAAGAAGAACAGAUAUGAUGGACUCAGACAGCUGGUGGAAAUCCUGUCCCUGGGUUUCCAGAACAAAUUCUACAACGCCAGUAAAAAGGAACUAGGACAGGGCUCCGUUCUGGGUCUGGAUGAAUAUCGCAUCAAUGUGUCCAGUGACACACCCCACUGGUACAUCAGAGACUACCUGGCCAGAGUUAGCAGGCACUAUGACAUCAGUACUGUAGAAGUUGACGAUCUGGAUGAGUGUAAGGCCAAGGAGGCGGUGUGCAUCCACCCUGCCCUCUGCACCAACACUUAUGGAGGCUACAAGUGUGUUUGCAACAGCACAACCGAUGUGGAUAACACCCAGUCUUGCAUAAUAGAUAGAGACAAAGUGCUCAAUAAGGAGCUGGACCUUGUUCUGGGCCUGGUCCUGGGCAUCGGCCUCCCCCUGCUCCUGCUGCUCCUCCUGGCUACGCUGGCCUGUUUCUGCUGCUGCAAGAAGACCGUGACUGGAGACCUGCCACACUCGUUGCCAGACUACAUACAGGAGCAGUACAACCCUCCGCCCUUCAACUACGCCGACCCUGCUCUGCACUACAUGACCCACUGCAGCCCGCGGAUCAUAGACAACAUCACACCUCGGCAACGCCUCAGAUAGCACAUAGUAAAACCACACACAUGUGCAAAUCACUGACACACACUUUGAGACACAGAAAAAACAAUAGCAUGCACACUCGCACGCAGAAAUGUAAAUACAAACACAGUGCAAGCACUUUUAUGUUACGCUGUAUAUGUUUUAUAAUGACAAGAUAAAUGACUUAUUUAUAUUGUAACAAACAAGUAAUUAAACCUGAGUGACUUUAAAGUCAAUUAUUUCCAGUCCUCUCCGCUGAGCGAUGGACCUGCCAAGUUUGAGCUAGAAGUUUUUUUGCCUGGACAACAGUUUACAGUGGGAGUCUGACCCAGCAGAACUCGACAAUGUCUUGGCUGGAGAUGUUGAUGAAAAGUAAACCACUGCAGUGGUCUUCAGUUUCCAGCUGACCCUAGGCCAACAGCCUCCUUGAUAGCAGCAUUAGCAUUUGCCAGAAUACCUGGCGUCAGGCUCCUGCCUUCUGCUCAGUUAGUCAGUAUGAAGUUUGUUAUGGUUCUAAUCCAUAAUGUAAUGCACCCAUGUUUGGAAAAUCAGUAUCACUCAUAAUCACCACAGCAUAGUUGAUUCAAUUUUUAUUGUUAUUAUUUUGCAUACACAGGACUUUACCUACAAUCCAUAAAAUAUACAAUACUGUCACUUUUUUCAAAAAGCAUUUAUCUCAUUUUGGAAUCACACUCUUAAGUUAUUGUUCAUUGGUGGAUUGUUUCCCGGUUUAUUUAACACAGUAGAGAAAUUCAGUGUUUCAACUGAUAGCUGUCUUCUCUAAAGCUGGACUGUCACUACAUGUAAAACAAUGUGUAAAUAUGAUGUAAAUCAAUAAAAAAAAAUGUAAUUUUAUCAACCUUGUGCAGC